UGGAACAAGACCCGCCCCUUUGUAAUUUAGGAGUCGUCAGUAACCGAGUUUUUGGCAGCAGCGUGGUAUCCCCUGGUGGGGAGGAUGCCUCACCGUGGGAGAGCUCCAGGAGCCCCACUAAGCCCCUUCAGCUGACUGUGAACAUCCCAAAUGCUAACUGGUGCUGAAUCUGCCUCCAAGGCUCAUGACCUUCCAGGGCGGUGCCAUUCCUAGAGUAGAGAGGAGUACCUUAGGAGUUAAGGUUUCUGCGUGCAUCAUUUGAAAACCAACUGGGAAGGGGGACCAAAGUACUUAUCACGAGGUUGUGGGAAUAUUGGUGUUUUGUUUUUUUUUAAGAGACAAGGUCUUGCUAUGUUGAGUGUUCUGCCUGCCUUGCCUCCCAAGUUGCUGGGACAACAGGCACCUGCACCACUUCAUCUGGCUCUUUUUUCCAACUGUUUUUCUAAGAUUUUUAUGUAAAACUGGUUAUCAUAACGUGAAAGCAUAAACAGGAGAGCGUUGGCAGAAGGAUAGGGCUUCGAAAAUUGUAUCUGUUUGAAUGGCAUGCAUGAAAUGAAUGGGGGUAGAAGCUACCUCUCUCAGCCUUGUAAAAGCUAUUAAAAUGAAACAUGACCCCAUGACCAGUCCUUCUGCUGACCCCAUUUACAGAUCAUCCAUAGUGGAUACCUUUUGAUCAAUAGUUCUUGGUUAGUGUUCCCUGAAGGAGUUUUAUAUUUUGAAGAAAAAAAUCCUUAUGUUUUUAGGAUUAGUUAUUGCUAUGGAGUCAUUUCUCCCUACAUUUAUUUAACAGUUUCUUUAAGGGGUGGUUACCAAGCAUUCAGGCAACAUGGUAACUUUUGGCAGACUGGUAUUGUGGGCUUCCUUUCUGACUCAAGUAAAUUUUCCAUUCUCAUUAGUGAAAUCUGCCAUAUACCAUGGAGUGAAUGGAUUUGGAACAGACUCCUCCAUUCCUUUUAUAAAGAGAAAAUGUAUUUUUCUGGAAAGGGAGAUGUCUCCUUUGUGCUUAUCCAAAUGUGUUGACAGGGUUGUGUGUGGUUAAUGGUGGGAAAACCCAGUGCAGAGUGAUGUGUUCCAGUUCAGUGCUCUUGUGGGGGGGGGCGGGAGGGGUUUCAGUGAGCCUUAGGGGUAGAAGUUCCAAACAGAUAUUCACUUCCUCCUAAAAUGCCCCAUGGGAGCAGAUCAGAGCUAGCCAAAAAGGGAAAGCCAUUAGAGUGUCCUUUACUUACCCAAUUGUCUCUUCAACCCAAGGCGCCCAAGAAGAAAGGGAGGAAAGGCAAAGCCAAAGGCACUCCGAUUGUCGAUGGGCUGGCUCCGGAGGACAUGACCAAGGAGCAGGUGGAAGAGCAUGUCAACCGGAUCCGCGAGGAGCUGGACCGCGAGCGGGAAGAGCGCAACUACUUCCAGCUGGAGCGCGAUAAGAUCCACACAUUCUGGGAGAUCACACGGAGGCAACUGGAGGAGAAGAAGGCUGAGCUUCGAAACAAAGACCGGGAGAUGGAGGAAGCUGAGGAGAGGCACCAGGUGGAGAUCAAGGUGUACAAGCAGAAGGUGAAGCACCUGCUGUAUGAGCACCAGAACAACCUGACAGAGAUGAAAGCUGAGGGCACUGUGGUCAUGAAGCUGGCUCAGAAGGAGCACCGCUCGCAAGAGGGUGCUCUGCGCAAGGACAUGAGGACAUUGAAGGUGGAGUUGAAGGAGCAGGAACUGGCCAAUGAGGUGGUGGUGAAGAACCUGAGGCUGAAACAUGCUGAGGAGAUCACCAAGAUGCGGAAUGACUUUGAGAGGCAAGUUCGAGAAAUUGAGGCCAAGUAUGAUAAAAAGAUGAAGGUGCUAAGGGAUGAGCUUGACCUGCGGAGAAAGACUGAGAUCCACGAGGUGGAGGAGAGGAAGAACGGCCAGAUCAACACACUGAUGCGGCGUCACGAGGAGGCCUUCACUGACAUCAAGAACUACUACAACGAUAUCACGCUCAACAACCUGGCCCUCAUCAACUCCCUCAAGGAGCAGAUGGAGGACAUGCGGAAGAAGGAAGAACACCUGGAGAGGGAAAUGGCAGAGGUGUCUAUGCAGAACAGGCGUCUGGCAGACCCUCUGCAAAAGGCACGGGAGGAGAUGAACGAGAUGCAGAGGAAGCUUGGGAAGUAUGAGAGGGACAAGCAGAUCCUGGUGAGCACAACAGCACGUUUGAAGGUUACUGAGAAAGAGCUGAAAGACCUGCAGUGGGAGCAUGAGGUGCUGGAGCAGCGGUUCAUCAAGGUACAGCAAGAGCGGGAUGAGCUCUACCGGAAGUUCACUGCAGCCAUCCAGGAGGUGCAGCAGAAGACAGGCUUCAAGAACCUGGUGCUGGAACGCAAGCUGCAGACACUGAAUGCUGCCAUGGAGAAGAGGGAGGUGCAGUUCAACGAGGUGCUGGCGGCCUCCAACCUGGACCCUGCAGCAUUGACACUCGUGUCCCGCAAACUGGAGGAUGUUCUGGAGUCAAAGAAUAGUACCAUCAAGGACCUGCAGUAUGAGCUGGCCCGAGUCUGUAAGGCUCAUAAUGACCUCCUGCGCACAUACGAGGCAAAGCUGCUGGCUUUUGGAAUCCCUCUGGACAAUGUGGGCUUCAAGCCUCUGGAGACAGUGGUGAUUGGGCAGACGCUGGGUCAGGGCCCUGCAGGACUUGUGGGUACCCCAACCUAGCUACAUGCUUGGGGCUGCAGCCCACAGAACUGAUUAGGGACACUCCCUAGGUGACCCCCUCUUUCCAGGCAGUAAGUUUUUAAAUUUUAGAUUAUCAUCAGUGAAUGAAAAAUUUUCCACAUUUCCUUUGUGUCCUCUUGCUGGGCUCUGUAGGGGAGAACCACCUGCAGGAGAAUCUCCUUCCCUGGGGCACGUCCAGCUUGUGCCACACCACACCUGAGUCCUCCAACUUCAGCAGCACUUUCUCUGACAGCCCCCUUGUUCACCUGGGGGCCAAGGUGGCAGAGAUCUAGCAUCCAUAAAUUGCUCCUGUCCCAAAGAUGGGAGCAGUUCUGCAGAUGCAGCACUGUCAUUAGAGACCUGAGUGAGUCACAGCUGCCCACUGGAAGUAGCUCUGCAGAUGUAGCACUGAUUUUAUUGACCCAAGUCACAGCUGCCCAUUGAGAAACUCCAGAGGGGGGCCAGAACCUCCCCAAGGAAGUGGGUGACCACUGAGUGUGGCUGGGCAGGCAGCCCAGCCAGAGCAAGGAUAGGUAAAUAGCUCCUCUAGCCAGGCUGGGCUCUAGCUCCCUCUGUAGGUGGUGUAGGACCACGGGCUCAGCAGCAGAGGCACAUGGAACUUCUGGGUCUCCUUUGUGAUGGUGAAGACAACCUGAGAGAAGCAGUGAAGGCACCAGAAGACAGUGAGGGACCACAACCCGGGAGCCACCUGACCCCAUGACUCCCUGGGAAAGCAGCCUGAAUGGUGGGGCAGGGUCAGCGGGAGCCCAGUGGUGGACUGCAACCUCCCUGAGGGCUGAGGAUGGGCAGAAAUCCUCCUCUGGGCAUGCUGGAUGUGGAAAAGGCCAGAUGAUCGGGGUGGGGGGAGCAGUCGGAGAAGGCCCAGGAGUUGGAGUGGAGCAGAUGAGAACUGUCUAUGGAGAAGAGAUGAGUCACCCCCAGCUCAUGGAUGGGCAUGUCAACACGGAGUCUCAUGACGCCCGAGGUCCUAGGGUCCCCUUUCUUGUGGGAGCUCAAAGCAGGCAAGCUCAGGUGCCUGCCACCUCCCUGAGAGAGGUGGGACCAGUCUGUCCUUGAGGCCUGGCCGAAGACCUGGCCUGCAGGUCAGUGAGUCAGGGUCUCCACCCUUUCUGUCCCCCAUGGUACUCACCUCUAUGUAUGGAUAGAAGCUCUCCUGCCCCCUCUCCUUCCAGUAGCCCUGGGUUUCGAAGGACAGCUUAUAGGUGCCAGGCUUCAUCUGGCCUGGCCUCAGGAGCCCAGGGCAGCGGCCGUCCAGGUCUGUGUAGCUGGGGAGAGGACGGGCUGCUGAGAUGAGAUGCAGAGCCAGCUUCCCUGAGCCCUCCUGGGUCUGACCCCCGUGGGGGUCAGACACUUCACAGCCUGACUCAGACGUGGCUGAGCAGGUAGUGGGGCAACUGAAGGGACACUGCUACACUGCCUAUUUAGAAAACCAACACAGAAGCAAAAAGGGAAAAAUUCUUCCAUAGUCUACCACUUUGUAUUUGACAUAUUUUUCUAGAUUUUUUUCUAUGUUUAUAUGUUUGUUUACAAGUUUUUUUUAAAAUGCACCAUAGAUUAUGAUUCAUG